CGACGACGACGCCGACGAACUCGUCGUCGGCUCGCGGAAGAAGAUGAAGGAGAAGCAAACCAAAGAGCUCGAGCGCCACGAGCGUGCCCGGGCCCACCAGGCCCGCCGCGAGAAGGCGCAGAAGUACCUCGGCUACAGCGACUUCCUCAACAGCAGCGAGUGCGACAGCAACGGCUACCGCUUCGACGAGACCGACGACUUCCACAAGCUCGACGAGGCCGGCUGGAACCGUGUCGUGGGCUUCGUGCUUGUGCGGAUCGUGUCGCCGCUGAUCCUCGUUGUGCAGGGCAUCGUCGUCGGUCUCGUGCUCUGGCGCGUCUACGACCUCGACUUCUCCCCGACAGGCGUUCUCGCCCAGCAGAACUGUCUCCCCUGGGUUGCCGGCGCCCUCAGCCUCAACGCCUUCCUCGUGCACGGGCUCAGCAAGCACGUCUUCUUCUGCAAGAGCUACUACAAGCCCCGCGCCAGCCACGGCCCUUCCAAGACCUAGCGGCCGGCCAUCGACCUUUCGGCCCUUCCACAGACAGCCGGACCGGGCUGGCCCCCACCCUCUGCAGAACACCGCCCAUCUGUAUAGAACAUUCCACCGCGUGUGCAGAACACCCAUACGCUUUGUACUAAAAAAUAGACAUGCAAGUCUAAGUCUAGACGUCCCGUU